AUGGCCCCCUACCCCUGGUCUGAGCAUAAGUAUUGGUCCGAGUCGCGAGCGAGCGAGCAGCAUCGCAAGCUUUCGUUUGCUCGUCAUGACUUGCUCGGCCGCCUAGAGGACGCGUACAACGAGACGGAGCCCGUCUGGCGAAACACGCUUUCGUCUGACGACGUGCCCUGGCUCAAAGACCAUCGCAUGCAGGGUUUUGCCACAUUCCCCCUCGCCGGCUACCUCUCGAUGGCCGUGGAGGCGGCUUGUCAGAGAAGCCAACUCCGAAGCCGGCCCGUCUCCCUCGAGAGGUUUUACGCCGAACUCGAGGCCAACGGUGCAGGUUAUAGGUCAAGCUUCAGGCUGCAGCCGGAGGCGGGACUGACCAGCCACGGCAGCUUUACGGCGAGCAGGAUUGCCGUGCCCGACACCGCUCCCCAGAUGCCAUCAUUAUACGAAACACCGUCUAUCCUCUCGGUGCCAUUCAUCGACUUUCUAUUCCAGCAUGUCUUCCCGAUUCUUGGCGCCGGCUAUGGUCAAAUGCCGUGCCUCUUUAUGCCCUCGGCCAUCAAGGAAAUUGACAUGAGUGCUGCCUUGCCCAAUCAGCCAGGCCAACAAGUUCAGGCUGUUGCUUAUGGCUGCCCCGACCCUGCCAGCCGCGGCCCUGUCGAGUUUUGGAUUGACGGCUGGCACUCCUCUCAAGCGGACCCGGUCAUUAGGAUCACGGGUUUUAAGAUGACACCGGUCGGCAACCUAGACCUGGACGGCCAGAGCCCGCGGCCCUUGUGCUACAAAAUCAAGUGGGAGCCGCUGAAGGCCGGUAAAGUACAAUCAAACGGCCAAGCAGUCACGAACGGCUACGCACACACCGAUGGCCAUACGAUAGGCGUCAUGAAUGGCAGCGGCACCAACGGGCGUCAUGGCCGGGGGGAACAAGGCGCCGCUACCGUCGUCAUAUCCGAUGCGAAAGAGUCUGACCAGCUGGCAGGUGCUCUUUUGGACCUGAUUGAAACGCGGACCGGCUCCAGGGCGUCUGUCUGCCCUCUGUUCAACAUCGAGCCUUCGUCGUCGGCUCGAUACAUCUGCCUUGCAGAGGUCGACGCACCCCUGAUUCAUAACAUGACGGCACACACUUUCGCCCGUCUCCAAACCCUUCUUCUCCAGUGCGGUUCGAUGCUAUGGGUCACGUCUGGUGCGUAUCGAUGCUCCGAGUCACCCGGCACAUGUAAGACCAUGGCCCAGGGCCUUUUGCGCACGGUACGAUCCGAGACUGGCAAGGCGGCGGCCAUGCUCGACUUGGAUCCCGGGUCUCGACUGGGUGCUCCCGAUCGAGCCGAGCUCAUUGUUGAAGCGUUGGAUGCCUCUCUCGCGUCCCAGGACGGCACAGGGGGCGAGUUCGAGUUUGCCGAGGAAGCAGGCAGACUCGUCGUCCCUCGUGUGGCUGGGGACACGGACAUAGAUGUCAGCAUCUUCCGAGAAUCGCUGCCGGCGGCGCCGUACUUGCAAGAUUUCGAACAGGCCGGACGGCGCCUUAAGGUCGUUGUCGGAAGCCCUGGCGCCCUUAGCUCGCUGUACUGGACGGACCAAGCCGAAUUCUGCCUCAAUGACGAGGAAAUUGAAAUUAAGGUGGCAGCCACGGGCAGGAACUUCAAAGACGUCGUCAUCGGCAUGGGCGAACUGGCGAGCCCGCACCUGGGCAUCGAAUGCAGCGGCACCGUUACACGCACCGGCCGAAACGUCGAAUCGCUCGCGGUUGGAGACCGCGUCUGCGCUAUAGUCAGGGGCGCCUACGGCACGCACGCCGUCUGCCACUCGACGAGUGCUGCCGCCAUCACUGCCGACAUAAGCUUCGAGGUCGCCGCGUCGCUGCCCGUUAUCUACAGCACAGCCUACUAUGCAAUCACCGAGCUGGCGCGCAUAGAGCCGGGCGAGAAAAUUCUUAUCCAUGCGGCCUCUAGAGGCGUAGGCCAAGCAGCCAUCCAGCUAUCCCGCAACACCGACUCUGGCCUCGCGGUACGAGAGGCUACUGGUGGCAAAGGCGUCGACGUGGUGCUCAACUCUCUUGCCGGCGACCUCUUGCGCGAAACGUGGGACUGCGUCGCGCCCUUUAGACGCUUUAUCGAAAUCGGCAAGCGGGACAUUGUCGCCAAUACGAGGCUAGAAAUGGCCAACUUUAACAACAACUACACCUUCAGCUCCAUCGACUUGACCCUUAUGGCUGCCGAGCGGCCUAAGACCAUGAGCCGGGUUCUGACAGCUAUUAUGAACCUUAUCUCUAAGCGGAUUAUAUAUCCCAUCGGGCCCAUCACCACGGUUGGUAUUUCCGAGGUCGAGAGCGCCCUUCGCACGCUGCAGAGUGGUAAGACAAGUGGCAAGGUGGUUGUGAAUCAUCUGGCGCUAAACCAGCAAGUCAAGGCCACACAUCCUAUGACUGCUCCGUACUUGCCCAGCGAUGCCACAUAUGUCAUCAUCGGCGGCACUGGUGGCAUCGGGCGAUCCCUGGCCAAGCGAAUGGAUGUGCUGUUCGAAAAGAGGGCUUUUGGCGACUAUCAGGACGUUGUCCGGUCUAAGGAUAAGGCUAAGCAGGCCGAGGUGAUGAAGAGCAUGUUAGGCAGCUCUAUGGGCGAGCUAGAGCUCCUGGCUCUCGUGGAAGCAUCCAUCCGAGGCCAAGUCGGUGGCGAGCAGUGCAUCACGGGGCUCGACUUUUCCAACCCGACUGCUCUGCCCUACUAUUCGUCCGAUAAUCGGUUUUUAUAUCUGCGCAAAGCGGCUCUAGCCAAAUUAGUUCAAGACAACGACGCGGCCGAGUCGGUCGACAUGCCUAUCUCGCAUAGGCUCCGCAUCGCGUCUAGUUUCGAGCAGGCUCAUGAGAUUGUGACUCGGGGCAUUAAGGAGAAGCUUAGCGCCAUCCUCAUGAUCCCGGCUGAGGUUAUGGCGGCUUAG